UUGUUCACUAUAACCACGCGGCCGUUCUCACUUUAUAUUCUCACUUUAGAAGCUCAAGUGCCGUACGCCACGCUCAAUCUCAGGACCGUCAACUUCACAAGACCUGCGGGACUCUCCCUGAUUUGUGAAUUUAGUCAUCUAUACGUGAUUCUAUAUGAUAUUAUAUGUAUUUCUACUCACGCUCUAUUAACGUAUUUAUAGUGUUAUAAUUACAACGAUAGAACACAUUAGUUUCAAUAAAAGCUUUUCGGAAAUUGGAGGAAAUAGCGCAGGCUUAUGAAGUUGACAAUCCUGACAGUCAGUCGCGAAGCUUGAUGGUUAAAAAGACGCAGUGAGAACACAGCUCAAACAAGGAUGAUCAUUUGGACUACUACUAUUCCCUGUGGCCACGUACAGUCGUUCACCUCAUUUUAGAAAAAAGAGACAGAGGGAGAAAGAGAAAGAGAAUGUAAACAUACAGUCAUGUACAUGUUCGUACAGUUUUUUUCGCUACAUUUUCAUUAGCUUGCGCUAGCUCUCUUCUCUUCUUUCUUCUAUCAAGUCUUAAUUGUAUUUAUAUCUGUUUCUUAUUAAAUUCCAUAAAUGUAUACUAGUUUAGCGAAAAAGAACAGAUCUAUCAGUAAGAGGCACACUCGAUCUAACGCUACUAGAUUUCCUCAAGUCAGAGUUAGGGCACUGUCCAAUAUUUAUAGGGAAGAAGUGAGUGAGUGAGAGAAAUUGCAGCAUGUUUCGUCACUUCAAUUUUAAAGCUUCUCUCACGCUUCUAUUCGCUUCUUCUCUAUUAAUGGCGGAUAGAACUCGGUCCAAUGAAUAAUUAUUACGCGGUAGUCUAACUUUGACUUGAGAAACGCUAACGCUACGGCGAAACCUCGAUGUCGCGGCUUUAAAUGGCCCUAACCCGCGAGAUAACUCGCCGCUCAGCACAGCGGUAUAAAAGAAGAAGCAAUCUCUUUGAUACGCGUCUACGGCACGCUCUUUCAUUGCCCAUUUGGAAAAGUUGGAUGUCGUGAUCGAUUAGAGCACGGUAAACUUGCUCACACGAGCAACACGCAACCUCUUUCAUUCGCGAUUAAAGAAUCUUUUCUUCGUCUCGUUUGUUUUAACUGAAAUUUUAGCUGUUUAGCCCUACUUUCGACCUCAACUUUCUUACAUCUAUGUUCUGAAGAAUCAAUAUAUGUUUAAUACACACGAAAACUGAAGUCCUACUUAGCAUCUCCAAACAUCAAGAAAAUUCAUCGAUAUAACACUUGUAAGUUCCAAAAAAGACUUCUCGAAAGUGCUAGUAGGUUAAAUAGAAUCAAAAGAAGUUGAUACGAGCUCAAGAAUAUCAAAGUAGAUGUUAAAUGAAAUAUUGAAAGUAGGAUCAGAAUUUUUACUCGAGAGUGACGAGAUUAAUAUUUUUGUUUGAUUAAUGUUUUAUUGUUACUGUGAGUAAUACAGAUAUAAUUAUCGUGUUUGUUUGCAAAAUGGUAGAAAACUGUCUUGUUUAAUUUCAUGAGCUCCACUACUAACGUGCGCCGUGCGUCUUUAUUUCGAAAAAUUUGAAAGACAUCGUAUUAAACACAUCGAAUGAAUAUUCUCUGAAUAUCUUCUUGCGAAUGAGGUACUUGACAAAUUUUCACGACCUUUCAAUUCGGACUCGAAUGAUUAUUCAACCCACGUACUUCACGUGUUCUCGCGUUCGUGUCUGACACUUGAGAUCGACGACUACAAAUUUAGCGUCGACAGCUUGUACGCACGCGUGGGUGUUAAGUAACGCGCAGCGGUUAAAAACGAACGCGAGUUGAAGGCGCGCGCACAGUGGACGAGGAGUUGUAUCUCUCUUCCGGGAUGUAUCGUCCCCUGAUACCUCCGGGAACGAAGCCGGCAAUCGGGUAGCGGUAUUAGAUGGAAGUAUGCAACGAGUCUAGGCGGAGGCAGCGCUCGGUUUUCCCGCGGGACGAUUUCGUCGGCAUCCAAUCUCAGUCCGCAGGCUGGCGCUUCUUUCCCCUCGCAGGUCCCGUUCGGAAACCCAAUUUACCGGAUAGCAGCCAUCCGAGUACGCUUCCCCUCCCUCCCCCGCGGGGUCAUGGAUAUAGGAUCGCAGUCGAUACAAGACAAAUCUAAUCGCUCGUCAUCGGGAAUUGUGGCCGGUCGAAGAGAGGCGAAUUACGCGUGUCGGAGAGGCGAUUAAGUCAACUCUGAUUUCGGGAUCUGCGAGCCGCGGUUCAGGCCGCAAUUGGAUUUUCCGCGUCUCUCCGACGAUUCGGGCUCGUCAGUCCGCGUUACAGGCGACUCAUUAAUAACCGAAUUCGGAUAUAAAUAGGAUUUCUUCUCGACUUUGCGAGCGUGCAAGCUGUCGGAGCAGAAAUAUUACUGCCCUCUACCCCUGCCACUCUUUUGGAACCUUCAGCGAGCCGCCGUAAAUCAAAGCCCAAGAAGCACCAUGGUAGCAUGUGAAUGAUCGGUUCCUCUCUUUCUCUCUCAACGCGUCUCGGGUUCUACCCCGUAUUAGAUUGCACCCGUGUUUUUUUCGCUUGGCAAGUAGACUGAGCCGACAUCAACAGAUUGGCAUCGAUUGGUACGUAACAGUUAUGCAGGCGACUUCUUUUCAGAGAUACUAUUUGUACACCAUUUUCUUUCAACAGCGAGGACGUUUUGCAGACCAGUGUUCGGCAUUAAUCGAUGAGAAUUUUUUCUUUCGCUGAAGUAAUCGUCAAAUCACUAAUUCAUAUUAAUCAAUCGUCAUAUAUGAAAUCACAAAUUAAUUUCACCGGUCGAUCAAAUGAAUUAUUAAUUAAACUUUGAUGCGGCUAAUCAUACACUGAUUAACAAUUAAUUUAAUCAGUCGAUUAAAUUAUUCGUGAUUAGAUUACGUAUCAAUUAAUUUUGAUAAUUGAUCUGCCGAUUAAUUUAACCAAAGAAAACCUUAAUCAACGCUCAGCACUGAUUGAAAUCUUUUGAGAUUAAUUUUUUUAUGUUUAAAACCAGAGCUGGACAUUAAUCCAUCAAAGUUUUUCUUGAUUAAAAUAACUGGUAGAUCUGUAAUCAGAAUUAAUCAAUCGUUAUAUGUAAGGUCGUAAGUAAUUACAUCGAUCGAUAAAAUUGACUACUUAUUAGACUUUGAUGUAAUUGAUGUAAUUGAUUAUAACUGACUAAUAAUAUAAAGACUAUUAACAAUUAUUUAUUAUAUAAUUACUCUACUAACAAUUAAUUUUAUAAAAAAUUAUUUGAAUCAAUUGAAUAAUAUAUAGCGAUUACAUGUAUAAUGAUUAAUUAAUCUCGGUUAUUUAGUCGGAGAAAAUUUUCGUCGAUUAAUACCUCAACACACUGUUAUCGACUUGGAAACUGUGCAACGACUGCCGUUAGCCCGGCAUAAUUAUGGCGGGGAUUUCGCGGAAUCGUACGAUCUUUGCUCCUUUGGGUGGUCUUUACUUGAAGACGAGAUAUUUCGUUGGCGAGUGUAUUAAUAUUGCGUUAUCGCGCGUGCGUAUUUCUGUGCAAUGGUAAAUCAACAAAAAGAUGACUUCCGAUACACGCCGUCACGGUGAAAUUUGGCCCAUUGUUCGUUCGAUGGGAGAGGAAUUUUUGUUGCAACGCGACGGGGCUUUUUAACGACGUAGGGCACAGCGUGCCGCCACAAAGCGCGGCGACUUCGGUGCGCGCGUUUUUCUCAGGGCUCGACCUGGCCGAGGGUCGUUUCUACCUUGCACAAAGGCUCGCCCGGGAGCACCGGGAAAAGGAACGGGGCAGGAGGGAGGAAGGAGAGCGGGGGAGACCUCUGUCAAGGAACUCCAUCCGAGGGCUUUGCCCGACGAAAAGUUAUAUGAGAUAGAAAACUCAGAGUUACCGCGGCGUGAGGCGACGACGCGUGCACGUGCGCGUGUGUGCACGUCGUCCGCACGUGCGAUGGCGAUUGCGAGUGUUAUCGUCGUGUCCAAUCUGGUGAGUAAUGGAACGCGCAAGAUCGGUUUACACACUCUGUACACCUAUCGAGCAUUAGGAGCCCGUCUAAUCAGAGUCACGGUGUAACAACCAGCGAUACCUAUCGAUCCCGUGAUGUCUCGACAAAGGCAAUUGUCCUUGGCACACCUCGUCAAUGAUGUCAUAAUAAUCGCCACACGAGCGCACUACGAAAGUCCGGCGAGCAAAAACAAGCUGCGAGGGAAAUGAGAACAAGAGCAUGGCGUUGGAUAUAAAUGUUGGGGUGACCUGUGAGUUUCCCUCUAGACUACACGAGCUAGCGGAGUUGGCACCCGGCCAAGCUCAACGGUUGAACGAGUACAUCCGCCACUACGAAUCUCUGUCGUACCCCGUCGAGGACGUCCAUCGAAGUCACGUAAGGGCGAAAAGGUCGAUCAGCCGCGACAGCGCCGUGACUGUGAAGUUCCGUGCGCACAACAAGAACUUCCACAUCCGAUUAAAGCGGGACCUCGCCACUUUUAGCAACAACCUAAUCGUAGACGGGCCCACGGGAGAGAGACAGGAUUCCGACAUCUCCCAUAUUUACAAGGGCAAUCUAAUCGGCGAGCCUGAUAGUUACGUGUUCGGAAGUGUCAGUGAUGGAGUCUUCCACGGGAAGAUAAUAUCACCGAAAAGCGGUGCGUGGUACGUGGAAAGAGCGCAUUACUACUUUCCGCCGCACGAGGUAAACGAGACGCUGCACUCUGUGAUCUAUCAUGAGAAUGACGUCGGCGAUCCGUACGCAGACGUUCGACAAGGUGAUUCCGGUGGGUGUGGCAUCACCGAUGAAGUGACAGAAUGGAUGGAGAAGAUCCAAAAUUCUGCUGAACCAGAUGUACCGCUUAAGACGGUUCCGUCAGUGAGCCAAAAGGAGCCGAAACCAAAUGUCGCACCUUGGAAUGGGGACCAGGAGAGUCCUGGUCACAAAUAUAGUAGGGAAGCCAAUCAACCUAGUCAUCGCAGACCACGAAGAGCAACUAGGUCGAAGGAGAACAAUACCUGUUCGCUCUUCAUACAAACAGAUCCUCUUAUAUGGAGGCAUAUUUCCGAACAGCUGCAUCACGACGUGGAGAAAACCCGGGAGGAGAUAUUUUCCUUGAUCGCCCACCACGUCACCGCCGUAAACUACAUCUACAGGGACACGCAAUUCGACGGCAGGAUAGAGCAUAGAAACAUCAAAUUCGAGGUCCAACGAAUAAAGAUCGAUGACGACACGGCCUGCACGCAGCAACAGACGUACAACGAUCCGAACCCGUUCUGCAUGGAGAACAUUGACGUCAGCAACUUUCUGAAUCUGCACUCCCUCGGGAACCACGAGGACUUCUGCCUCGCCUAUGUCUUCACCUACAGGGAUUUUACCGGCGGCACUCUCGGACUCGCCUGGGUUGCGUCCGCGUCCGGCGCGUCCGGCGGUAUCUGCGAGAAAUACAAGACCUAUACUGAGACCGUGGGCGGCAUGUAUCAGUCUACCAAGCGCUCUCUGAACACCGGCAUCAUCACUUUCGUGAAUUACAACAGCCGAGUGCCACCCAAAGUGUCGCAGCUGACUUUGGCGCACGAGAUCGGGCAUAACUUCGGAUCACCGCACGAUUUUCCACCGGAAUGCAGACCGGGCGGCAUGGACGGCAAUUACAUUAUGUUCGCCUCAGCAACGAGCGGAAAUCGACCGAACAACAGCAAAUUUUCAAAGUGCAGCAUUGGCAAUAUCAGUAACGUCCUAGAUGCUAUCGAGGAUAACAAGAAGAGGAACUGUUUCACUGGCGCGUUUUGCGGGAACAAGGUUGUCGAAGCUGGCGAGGAAUGCGAUUGCGGAUACGAUGACGAAGAGUGCACGGACAAGUGCUGUUAUCCCAGACAGGUGUCCGAGGUGGAUAAAAUCAAGAACGAAACGGCGAAAGGCUGCAAUAGAAAAUACAGGACACAAUGCAGUCCCAGUGAAGGGCCUUGCUGUUCGAGCGAUACGUGCCAGUUUGUGCCCCUCUCCCACAAGGUUCAAUGUAAGGCUGAGUCGGAUUGCAGUUACAAUUCCACCUGCAACGGCAGAUCCUCCGAAUGUCCAGCGCCGCUGCCGAGAGCCAAUAAGACCAGAUGUAACGAGGGCACUCAGCUGUGCAUCAACGGGGAGUGCACCGGAUCCAUUUGCCUGGAGUGGAAUCUGACAGAGUGCUUUUUAACGAGCAGCAUCAUACCGAACAUCGACAAGCGAAAGCUCUGCGAAUUAGCCUGUCAAAAUGGCACCGAUGCGUCGACAUGUCGCGGUACGAGCGAGUUUGCGCACAUGGUGGGACUGCCCGAGGGCGGAAUGAGUUUGAGACCUGGUUCACCUUGUGAUAAUUUCCAGGGUUACUGCGACGUUUUCUUGAAGUGCAGAGCCGUUGAUACAGAAGGGCCGCUCGCAAGAUUGAAGAAUCUACUGUUCAAUAAGGAGACCUUAUCAACGGUAGCGCAAUGGGUGACUGAAUUUUGGUGGGCCGUACUGCUGAUGGGCAUAGCUUUCAUCAUAUUUAUGGGGUUAUUUAUCAAGUGUUGUGCCGUGCAUAUUCCUUCCACUAAUCCUAAAAAGCCGCCAGCGAGGCGCAUCAGUGAUACAUUAACAAGACCGAUGAAUACUCUUAGAAGGAUGCGACAUCCUCACGGCGGAGGAGGAGCUGGACCGAGAAGUAUACCUCCGAGACCAAGUCAAGGUGGACACGGUACACGUGGACCUUCUCAUGGUUACGGGGAAGGUAGAGGUGCUCAGUAUUAUCCAAAAGCAGGCUAUCACUCGGUUCCCACAGCUAGUGCGCCACCAAAUAGCAGGUCAGCAGACAACUACGGCCGUUCCAACCACCCAGAACUGUACGCCGGCGCCUAUUCGGGCUCCGGGGGAGGGGGGAGGGGCGCAGCCUAUGAGAUGAGGCAUCACAACAAGGUGUGACGAUCCUAGGACGUCGUCACGGACGAGGACCACCAGUCGCGGCGUUGCACCACGAGUCGUUGUGUAAAACGAUUGCCAAAUGCGAAGGGAACCGAUCCACUCCACGUGAGGAACGCGACGAUGUCUUGUAAUCGAGAUCGAAGCAAUAACGACGAGAUGAUACGGCGCGAUGAUACGGCACGACGUUCAAGCAGAUUGAGAGAUCCGGCGAUACGCGCUUUCACCUGAGUUGCGUUCGAUUGACAUCAUGACGCGAAGAGAGCUACUUGUAGAUAUGAGGAAAGUACGUAUCAGUGAUCCCAAACCGAUCUCUCAUUUUGCGUCGGUUCUAUAGAUGUGAUUUCAAUUAGACCAGAGGCGCUACGAACGGCGACUCGAAAGAUUGCAAGUUGGCCGGAAUCACGAUGUAAUAGAAUAUAACGAUAUAUCGGAAAUCGUGAGUUCCCAAGAUUUUAUAUAUAUAUAUAUAUAUAUAUAUAUAUAUAUAUAUAUAUAUAUAUAUAUAUAUAUGUAACCUUUUUUUAUGUAGUACCAAUAUAUGGUUUCUCGUGUCGUCGUUCAAAAAAUUCGUCGCAUGAUCAAACUUUAGAAUGCUUCGGGCAACCUUCGUUCUUCGCCAGCGAGGGUGAUAUUGUUAUAUGAUCAAAGUAAUUUAAAUCGAUCCAAUGUGUGAUUCAUUUCGCUUUAGCGAUCGACGCUGCUGUUCGCACAGCGACAAACGCGACGGUGUUUUGUUAAACCGCGUCGCAUCUUCGCCCUUCGACAACUACGAGCAUUCAAAGCCAAGACCGUAACGGUCUUUGUGUGACGGCGUCCUUCGUGAUGUCUAUAUAUCUGUGCAUGUCGCUCCCGAAAGUUAAGGCUCAAGGGGUGUGUCGCUUUCUUCGUUGGGUAUUGAGUACGAGUUUAGUAGGAGAUCAGCAAUAUAAGACAAUACGUCCUUUCGUGAUGCAUUAUAUAGACAUACGUUGCGUAAAUGAGUUUUCCAAAGACGUGAUUUUAAUAGUAGUCUGUUUCUUAACAAACUUAACUCGCGUACUCGCGCGAUACGAAUCGUUUUUCUACUCAAGUGAAAUUUUAUCGUCAAGUGGCACGCGCGUCAGUUUAAUUUAAGAAACUUGAUGUGCACCAAACGACUUAUUCGCACGGAAGGAGGAAAAAAAUCUCAUCGUACAUACAACAUUGUUCACGAUAAACUGCAGUUUCAAUGACUGAUUUAUUAACGACUUUCUGGAGCGAAAUGGCACCCUACCAUUACCAAACACAUCACAGGUCAUUCGCUUGAUCUCUGUACCAUUGUAGUAUAAUAAUUAACGAUCUGUAUUAUUCUUAUACUAAUUUGUAUUAGCCAAUUGAAGUGAAUGAAGCUAUAUACGAGACUACGAAGGAUAUAAGAGCAGCAACAACAAAAUGUAAUGCGUUUCUGUAGCGAUAUUCCAUUAACUAUUACAUAUGAACGAAGAUGAUAUUGAUCAUUAUUAAGAUUAUACUUAUUAAUACUAUUAUUAUUAUUACAUUAAUAUUAUUAAUUAGUUAUAUCA